AUGGGGGGCCCAGACACGGGCGUGGAGGGUACGCGGGUUUGGUGGGUUUCUAUAUUAAAUGAAUCGCCAGAUAAGACAGGUAUACCGAAAAUGCGGACAUUAUUAUGUGAUGGGUGGUGUUGUUACAAGUGGGGGCUGCGGUGGACUACUCCAACAGGCCCGAGGGGAGGCGGGGCUGCGCGCAGCCAAGAGGAUGUUUGUCGCACUGUAUCAGAAAUUUGGGUAUACUUGAUGCUUCAUAGUACUAGAGUACAAAGAUUUAGUACUUGUUCAGACUGGUGCACAGCAUUUUUCUCGUCACUUACAGUGGUUGCGUACAGCAAGAAACGCCUCUUGGCUGCGCCAAUAUUCUUAUUGGCAGGGAUGUGUGGUGGUGGGGGAGGGGGAUGGGGACGGGGGGAGGAUGGAUAUGGAAAGGGCACGGGAAUGGUGUCCUUUUAUAUGUGGGCAGGGAAAAGAGAAAAAGCGAGCGCAGCGGCGAUGGGGUUACCCGGAUGUGGAGCCCUUAGGGCUCCACAUCCGGGUAACGCAGGUGGAUAUGGUGGUGGGGGCUCCGGCACGGUGUGUGAGGAAAUGUAA